GGAAGAUCAUUACUGUAAUAAUUUUGAGGAAAUACUUAACCUGAGCUCAACUCUUUUUAAACAACUGAGAGUUUUCUAAAGAUAAUGAUGACAUAAUCAUGCCAAAAAUGAUGGGAGCUUAAAGCAUAGUUCUGUUUCAGUUGAUUUUUUUUAAAGGCAACUUAUAAAUGGAAAAUAGCUUAUUAGAUAUAAGAAAAGAUGCAUUUUUACCUCAAACUUAUUCUGGAAACAAUUUAAAAAAUGUAAAGCCAUAUUUCAGUGCUAAUGGAACCUGAGAAAAUCUUUGUGAGGGAGAAACAUGAAUGGAAAAUGUGGUAAAUCCUUCAGCCGGACCACUAAUCUUAUUCAGCAUCAAAGAAUACACACUGAAGAGAACCCUUAUGAAUGUAAUGAAUGUGGAAAAGCUUUUAGUCAGAGCACUAAUCUUAUUCAACAUCAAAGAGUCCAUACUGGUGAGAAACCUUAUGAGUGUAAUGAAUGUGAAAAAACAUUUAGUUAUAGGUCAUCCCUUAGAAAGCAUGAGAGAAUUCAUACCAGAGAAAAACCCUAUCCUUGUCAUGAAUGUGGGAAGGCUUUUAGCCAUAUUUCAGCCCAUACUCAACAUCACAGAAUUCAUACUGGAAGACCAUAUGCGUGUACUGAAUGUAGGAAAACUUUCAGCUGGAGCACACAUCUUAUUGAACAUCAGGGAAUUCAUUCUGGGGAAAAAUCCUACCAAUGUAAGGAAUGUCGCAAAGUUUUUUGCCAUAGCACAUCACUAAUCCAACAUCAGAGAACUCACACAGGAGAAAAGCCCUAUAAAUGUAAUGAAUGUGGAACAGCCUUCAGUCAUACCCCAGCCUUCAUUCAACAUCAGCGAAUUCAUAUGGGAGAGAAUCCCUAUGAAUGUAAUGAAUGUGGAAAGGCCUUCAAUUGGAGCGCACAUCUUACUCAACACCAGAGAACUCAUACUGGAGAGAAACCUUAUGUUUGUAAGGAAUGUGGAAAGACCUUCAGCCAAAGAACACACCUUACUGAACAUCUAAAAAUUCAUUCUGGGGAGAAACCCUAUCGAUGUAAUCUAUGUCAAAAACUAUUUUGCUAUAGAACAUCAUUAAUUCGACAUCAGAGAACUCAUACAGGAAAGAAACCCUACCAAUGUAAUGAAUGUGGGAAAUCUUUCAGUUUAAGCUCAGCACUUACUAAACAUAAGCGAACACACACAGGGAAGAAACCUUAUCAAUGUAAUAAAUGUAGUGAUGUUUUUUGUCAUAGUACAUAUUUAAUUUGAUACCAAAGAAUUCAUUUUAGAAAUGAAAUCUUAUCAGAGUAAUGAAUUUGGGAAAGCCUGCAGCCAUAUGUCAUCACAUAUACCUGAGCACUCAGUGGUAAAUUGUUAUGCAAGAAAAACUUUAGGUAAAAUGCUCAUUUACUCAAUACUAUGUUUGUAUGGAGAAAAAACACUAUUCUUGCAAUUAAUUCUGAAAAAUAAGUGUUAUCAUUGAGAGAAACACUUAUAAUGGAAUUAUCCCCAGACUGGUUUGUUGUUAAAAAUAUAUUUAGAAGAUUAUUUUUAGAAAUAAUUUAUUACAAGUAUACAUAUUUGCUUAUAAUAAAAGGCUUUUCAGGUACACAAAAGUUGUAGUGGGAUAACGAAAGUUGUUUAUAUAUCAUCCUUUAUAUUUUUAGUAAUUCUGUUAUUUUUCAAUGUUAAAAAAAUACCUUCAUAGUGGGUUUGAGUUUUUUAAAUUAACAAGUUUGUGUAAUAGCCAUAUAAGAGAAUGCUUUCCUCCACAGAGAAGUAUGCAUUAUUUUCCAGUGUUCAUGGAAUUUUUUUUUAACAGGCUAUAUAUAGGUACAAAGAAAAUCUCCCCAAGGGAAAUAGUCAAGCCCAUCCUAUUUUGUUUUGUUUUGUUAACUACAAUGAGAUAAAAGUAGGUGAACAACUUAAAAUAGCACCACAAAGUUAUUUAGAAAUUAAAAAAUAAUUUUAUAAGUAACUUUGGUGUUAAAGAAUAAAU